UUAUUUUUUUCUUUUUUUUUUCCAUACUUACAUACAUUUUUCUUCAGUGCGUAUGAUUAAUUUGAUUCAUUAAUUUAACAUUCAAUUAACAUUAAAAAUAUAUUUUUUAAUACAAUUUAAAACAAUGGCUGAUAAUUCAAAUCAAGAAUAUUUUAAUAGUGCACUCAAAAUAGUUUUGGCGGCAGGUGAAAUUUUAUUAAAAGGAUUUACAAGCCCAAAAGAAAUAUCAACAAAAAAAAAUCCUCAAGAUUUUGUAACACAGUAUGAUAAACUUAUUGAAAAAACAAUAAUCGACAACUUGCUAAAACUGUAUCCAAAUCAUAAGUUUAUUGCAGAAGAAAGUGCUGCAAAUAAUGUAUUGACCACCGAACCUACAUGGAUAUUAGAUCCGAUUGAUGGAACAACCAAUUUUGUUCAAAGUUUUCCAUUUUGUUGUAUUUCAUUAGCAUUAGCAGUAGAAAAUGAUUUAAAGUUAGGAAUAAUCUAUAAUCCUAUUUUGAAUCAGUUAUUUACAGCUCAAAAAGGUAAAGGUGCAUACUUGAAUAAUGAAAAAAUACAAGUGACAAAUACUGAAGUUCUUCAAAAUGCAAUGUUUGGAUAUGAUAUAAUAUGUUUGAAUAAUGAAAAAUUAAUACAAUACCAUUACAAAAAUCUUAAUAUUAUAAUUAAAAAUUGUCGUGGGAUAAGAUCUUUAGGAUCAGCAGCAUUAACUCUAUGUUAUUUAGCAAUGGGAGCUAUUGAUCUAUGUUAUUUUACAUAUUUAAAAUGCUGGGAUGUUGCAGCUGGGAUUCUUAUUCUUCAAGAAUCUGGAGGGAUUGUACUUGAUUCAAAUGGAGGUGAAUAUAAUAAUAUAAUGAAUGCAAGUAUAGUUGCUGCAAGUACAAGAAAAUUAAUUGAAGAAUACUUAAGUAUUACAAAAUGAUACUUAAUUUUAAUCAGUAAAUAAAAUAUGGGGUUUAACUUUAAAGUUUAUGUAGAUUUUCAGUUUAUAAAAUAAUCAGAUUAAAUAGAAAUCAAUUUGAAUUGUAAUUACUAGAUAUUUGAAGAUGGAAUAUUUAAAUAUAUU